AUGGAAUACAUUAAGCGUCAGCAGUCAGAUGAACAAGAAAUCCGCUCCAACAAACUUUUCCCGAUCGUUUUUUCUCCCUCACAUUCACCUGCAUCAACUCGCAACUCUUUCUUUUCGAUAACAGACUUUUCAGUCCAUACUCGAAGAAGCUCAUUUAUCCCUUUCAUUCAUGAACGAGGAGACACAGGAAAGCUUUUACCACCAGAUCCAGACCCUGUGAUUCUUCCACGCUCUUUACGAGUGUCCCCUGAGCCUAUAUUGAGAUCCAAUAAAAAAGAAUCUCCUAAAGGGAUUGCAUUUUUAAGUACCUCGAACAAGACUUUGCCAAGGACAAAGCGAAAGCGUUAUAAUAUACCUGAGCCUGGGUACUAUAACCCAAAGCCAGCAUAUGAAAUUGGGAAUAAGCAUAGCAUUUAUUUAUCAAAUACUCCUACUAAGAGAAAUCAGCUUGAAAAAAGGAAUGCUUUAUCAACUGAUUACUUACUAUAAUAUUUAAAUAUGGGUAGCUAAUUAAAAAAUUAUAAUUAAUUCUUUGACUAUUUAUGCAGACUAAAAAAUUUUUUUUUCUUGCUAUUUAGAGGUAGAAUUAGAUAUGGAUGCGAUACAUGAACAUUUGCAUGGACAUCACGGAACACUUAGUAUGGACAAGCAAUUAGCAAGAAUGAAAACCAAAGAAGAUUAUGAUCUUGACGAAAAAAUGCUUAAAAGUGCCAAAAUGGAACUUCCGGAACAUUUAAAGCAAUUCAAAGGACUUUACCACAUUGGGAAAAUUUCGUCGCAGAAAGUAGAUAAUUUUCCAAAAAAUUUUAUGGAUGUGGCAAAAGACUUGAAUGAAAAUAUUGCAAAAAGAAUGGAUGAAUUAAAAAAAAUUGGAAAACAAAUGAAGGUUUCUGCUUAUAAAUAG